AUGGGGGAAAGGAUAUACGAGACGGAGAAUGGGCAGCACCUCUGCCCAAGACCUGGCAGCAGCGCAUGGGAAGGCACCGGGCACUGCCAGCGCUCCCUUCCUCAACAAGCGGCAGCGGCAGACGCGGCUCCCCCGCCAUCCGAGGGGGGACCGAAGCCCCACCUUCGGCUCGCAGCCCUCGGGACGCGGAAAACUGUUCCGCGGCUCGGGCGCGGUGCGGGGGUGCCCGGACGGAAGGCUCCGUCGGGGCUGUCCCGUCACUCUCCCCCGCGGGUGCAAAGGGGCGGCCCCCCCGCGCCCCUUCUUCCCCUGGGCGGCCCGGGGGGGCGAGUCCCGGAGCACGGGGAGGAGCCGAGCGGGACCGGCGCUCGCCGUCCCUCCCGGCGGGAGCGCAGCGCAGCCCACCCGGGGACGCGGGCGCGGCCGCCCCCCUCGCCGCGGGACGCGCUGCUGCUGGCCGUGGCCAACCUGAACGGCGUGCCCGGGCUGCUGCCCUACAACCUGUCCCUGGAGGUGGUGAUGGCGAUCGAGGCGGGGCUGGGCGACCUGCCCCUCUUCCCCUUCUCUUCAGCCAGCGCCUCCUGGAGCAACGACCCCGUCUCCUUCCUGCAGAGUCUCUGCCACACCGUGGUGGUGCAGGGGGUCUCCGCCAUCCUCGCCUUCCCGCAGAGCCGUGGGGAGAUGCUGGAGCUGGACUUCAUCUCGGCGGCGCUGCGCAUCCCGGUGGUCAGCAUCGUCCUGGGCGAGUUCCCUCGGCGGAGCCUGAACCCCCUUCACCUGCAGAUGAGUUUAGAAAAUUCACUGAGUUCUGAUGCUGAUGUCACUUUCUCAAUCCUCGCGAUGAACAACUGGUACAAUUUCAGCCUGAUGCUAUGCCAGGAGGAGUGGAACAUCACAGAUUUUCUCUUCCUCACACAACAGAGCUCCAAGUUCCACCUGGGGUCCAUUAUAAACAUUACAGCAAACCUCACUUCAACCAGUGACCUUCUGAACUACUUGCAGUUUUACCUGGAGAGCAUCAAAGACACGACGUCGACCAUGGUGAUGUUUGGGUGUGACAUGGAGAAAACACGGAGGAUUUUUGAGAUAACCACGCAGUUUGGUGUGAUGCCUCCAGAGCUGCACUGGAUUAUUGGGGAUUCACAGAACGUGGAAGAGCUGAGGACAGAAGGUUUGCCCCUCGGUCUGAUCGCUCACGGCAAGACAACUCAGUCAGUCUUCGAGCAUUACGUGCAGGAUGCCAUGGAGCUGGUAGCCAGGGCUGUGGCAGCAGCCACCAUGAUCCAGCCUGAAUUGGCUCUCAUUCCAAGUACAAUGAACUGCAUGGACACGGAUGAAAGGAAUAUCACUUCAGGCCAGUAUUUGUCAAAGUUUUUAGCCAACACAACUUUUGAUGGUCUCAGUGGCCACAUUAAGGUGAAGGGCUCAUCCAUUGUCAGCUCAGAAAAUAACUUCUUCAUCUGGAAUCUGCAGCAUGACCCUGUUGGGAACCCAAUGUGGACACGCCUGGGGAGCUGGCAAGAAGGGAAGGUCAUCAUGGACUAUGGGAUAUGGCCAGAACAGGCACAGAGGCACAAAAGUCACUUGCAACAGCCCACCCGGCUGCACCUGAGGGUGGUAACUCUGAUUGAGCAUCCCUUUGUCUUCACAAGGGAUGUAGAUGAUGAAGGUCUUUGCCCAGCAGGGCAGCUGUGCCUGGACCCGCUGACCAAUGAUUCAGGUGUGCUGGACAACCUCUUUGAAACCCUCCAAGGGAGCAAUGACACCGUUCCCAUUGAGCUGAAGAAGUGCUGCUAUGGCUACUGCAUUGACCUGCUGGAGAAGCUGGCUGAAGACAUGAAUUUUGAUUUUGACUUGUACAUUGUUGGGGAUGGAAAAUACGGUGCCUGGAAGAACGGCCACUGGACAGGGCUGGUGGGAGACCUGCUUGCUGGUACAGCUCACAUGGCAGUGACAUCAUUCAGCAUCAACACUGCCCGAAGCCAAGUGAUUGAUUUCACCAGCCCUUUCUUUUCAACCAGCUUGGGGAUCCUAGUGAGGACCAAAGACACUGCAGCUCCUAUUGGAGCCUUUAUGUGGCCACUUCACUGGACUAUGUGGCUGGGGAUAUUUGUUGCUCUUCACAUCACAGCUAUAUUCCUCACCUUGUAUGAGUGGAAAAGUCCCUUUGGAAUGACCCCUAAGGGGAGGAACAGGAGCAAAGUCUUCUCCUUCUCCUCUGCCCUCAAUGUCUGCUACUCAAUCCUGUUUGGAAGAACAGCUGCCAUCAAACCCCCAAAGUGCUGGACUGGAAGGUUUUUAAUGAAUCUCUGGGCUAUUUUCUGCUUGUUUUGUCUGUCGACGUACACAGCCAACCUAGCUGCUGUCAUGGUGGGAGAGAAGAUCUAUGAAGAACUCUCUGGAAUACAUGACCCAAAGCUCCACCACCCGUCGCAGGGGUUCCGGUUCGGCACAGUGCGGGAGAGCAGCGCGGAGGAUUACGUGAGGCAGAGCUUCCCGGAGAUGCACGAGUACAUGCGGCGCUACAACGUCCCGGCCACCACCGACGGCGUGGCCCACCUCAAGCAUGAUCCAGAGAAACUUGAUGCCUUCAUCAUGGAUAAAGCACUCUUAGAUUAUGAAGUGUCCAUAGAUGCCGACUGCAAGCUCCUAACUGUGGGAAAACCCUUUGCCAUUGAAGGAUAUGGCAUUGGUCUUCCCCCCAACUCUCCGCUCACUUCAAACAUCUCUGACCUUAUCAGCCAGUACAAAUCCCAUGGCUUCAUGGACGUUCUGCACGACAAGUGGUACAAGGUUGUUCCCUGUGGGAAACGCAGCUUCGCCGUCACGGAGACACUGCAGAUGGGGAUAAAACAUUUCUCAGGGCUCUUCGUGAUGUUGUGCGUUGGGUUUGGUUUGUCCAUUCUCACCACCAUGGGGGAACACAUCGUGUACAGACUGGUCCUGCCACGAAUCAAGAAGAAAUCCAAGAUGAAGUACUGGCUUCAUACCAGUCAGAGAUUACAUCGUGCUCUGAACAGUUCAUUUAUUGAAGAAAAACAUCAGCCUAAGAAAAAACGAGUAGAAAAGAGGGCCCACGUGGGAAACAGCCAGCAUGCAGUGUGGAACACAGCUAACCUGGGCAACUGCCACCGAAAAAAGUACAUCUGCACCGAUGAGGGGCAAAAUGAGGUGACAAUCCAUCAGCACCAGGACAUCCCCCUGCCGCAGGGGAGGAGAGAGACUCCUCCUUCCCUAGCCACCAACGGGAAAGCAGAGUCCCUCAACACUGCAAGGACCUCAGUGCUGCAAGAGCUGACAGAACUGGAGAAGCAGAUUGAAAUCAUCAAGCAGGAGCUGCAGCUCGCCAUGGACAGGAAAUCAGAGCUGGAAGAGUAUGCAAGGACAAACAGAACUGCAGAGUCCUAGGCCAGCAUACCUGGGCCCUUCCCCUUUUCUUCCUUUCUCCCCUUCCUCUGUAAAAUUUGUAACACACUUUUGUAAUGCCAGAAAGGGGUGCAAAAAAAAAGCAGGCAAUAAGCUCUUCAGGAGAGCAGAAUUGCAGCAGCCCACAGCUACUGCCACCCUCCUGAGUCCUCCUCCUUUCACAAGUUUCUUAUUCUCCUGGAAAACACCAGCCAUUCCUAAGGGACUGGAGAGACAAGGAGCAUCUCAAUGAGAGUUCCUCAUUUCUCCACCUGACAGUACAGUGAGGUUCCACUUUUUUUU